GUCACUUUUUUUUUAAUUUGACAAAACUAAAAAAGGCAAUUUACAUCUGUCACGCCAGCAUUAUUCCUUUUUCUGUUAAUUUUUUGUGAGUGCAAAAUUUUUAGUGUUUAGAAUAAUGUCCACGCAGGUCGAGCCCCAAAGGAGAAUCGAACAACGCGACGAACUCGAUUCAGACUUAGAAUACGAUGGCAUUAAAGUGAUACAAGAAUACAUGCUUAAAGCGGAAAUUGGCGAAUCUCCAAUCGAUAUAAACCUAUCGAGGACAAUCCCGAUAAGCUUACCACCUUUGCAAUGGCACCAUCACGAGUUACCGCCGAAGAAAAUGAAAUGUACCAACACCGGACAUACUCUAAUAAUGAGUGCUAAAUGGCACCAAGAGCGUCCCCACAUCUCCGGUGGCCCCCUCUUCGGGAAUUACGUAUUCUCCCAAUUACAUUUUCAUUGGGGCCGAAAUGAUAUGGAAGGAAGUGAGCACACCGUCGAUGGGUCCCAACAACCCUUAGAGAUGCACGUCGUACUUUUUAAAAGUUGUUAUCUCACCCAAGAAGCUGCGUUAAAGAAAAAAGAUGGAAUCGUCGUUUUAGUUUAUUUUUUCCGGCUCCAAGAAGCUCACAACGUAUCGAUGGAACUCAUAACCCAAGCAAUUUCUUACAUACAAACCCCCCAUAGUUCAGCAAGAUUAGACAACGUCCCCUUAAGCUUCCUAACAAUCCCGUUUAUAAAAGAUUACUUCAUGUAUUGGGGAACUGUAACAACUAGCGAAUGCGUACAUUGUCUUUUAUGGUUAUUAUGCCGAGAACCAAUUGGAAUUUCAAUCGAUCAAACAGAACAAUUCCGUACUUUAUUAAACAUGGAUGAUCAGCCGUUAGAUUGCAACUUUCGAAUCGUCCAAGAAAUCCCUGGGUUAAAAAGAACCGUUUUUCACGCGAACCCAUCGUUUUCUUUGUACUCAACGUUAUUACCGAUAAAAAAAGAAGAAAGAAAGCAAGAAAAGAAGAAAGACGCCAAAAAGGAGGAGAAACAAGAGCCGGUUCAAGUUGAGAAUAAACCAGCGGAGGUGUUUCGGGUUGAAACAAGACAGAGGAAUCCAUUUAAAGAAGAAAAAAAUAAAUACACAAUUAGUACUAGUAUAAAAGUUGAUCCUGAGUUAUUAGAAAAGUUGAAAACGAGCCGAUCGAGAUCGCCGAGUGUUAGAAGAGAAGGCGAUAUGGGCUCGAUAAGCUCUUUCGAUGCUAAAAGUGGGGCGUCCGGGAGGAGUUCUUCGCCAGUUUCGAAAACUGGCGAUUUCGUCGGGAAAAGAUUCGUUGAAAAUGUUAAUGUUAAACCGAGGGAUAAAAGUAUCCCUAGAAAAUCGAUGAUACCAAGAAGGGUUAAGUGAAGUUUUUUUGACUUAAGAAUUGUUUAUUUAUUUAUUUAUUAAUUUUUUUUGGAAUUUUA